UUGAAACGGGAAUGCUUUGUUGAAAAUUGUGUGUUGGAAUUUAUUUUGGAAUAUUAUAAAAAUUGAAAAGUAUCCUUUUUGUAGUUAACCAGUUUGUGAAAUAGCACGUGCGUGAUACUUACGUCACGAGAAGUGACCAAUCGGCACUUUGUCCAGAGGUGCGACCGUAUAAAUACUGAAAAUUCAAAUGUUCGCCAGCACAUAUCACUAAAACACUUACUGAUAUAACAAAACUUACCAAAACUUACGAGAAUGAUGGAGUGGUUAAGAGUUGCAUGUUUGAGGGCUGUGGAGGUUGUCAGGUCUGGGAUUAGGACUGUCCUAGGUGUCUUCGGGCUCACGGUGAUGCCCGAAGACAGGCCAACUUUUGAUUCUGAGGUUAAAGGGGAGUUUCGAGGACCACUAUCUAGUGGUGAGGCUGUUAUGGUAGAGGUAGACAGGGAGGUUAUCACAGCUGCACCUGUGAUUGCAGAUAGCCCAGUGGUUAUCGCAAUUUGUCCUGUAGGUGAGUUGUUCCCUGAGGCUGUCCAUCCUGAUCAGGUAGAGGUUCCUUCUGAGGUAUGGCCAUUGAUUACUGAGGUUGAGGCUCCGCACCUGCCCAACCUGGGAGAGGAGGUUACACCCAGUGUUCUGUCGGGAACAGGUAGACCCAGUCCCAUUCCUGCGGGAUCAAGUAGAUCCCAAAGGACCCGUAAACCCAUUAGCGUGAUGCAGGUCAAUCCGCGUCUGAAGACUUAUGUGUCCACUAGUCCUCUGUCGGGGACAGGUAGACCCAGUCCCAUUCCUGCGGGAUCAGGUAAAUCCCAAAGGACCCGUAAACCCAUUAGCGUGAUGCAGGUCAAUCCGCGUCUCAAGACUUAUUUGUUAACUAGUCCGAAGUUCUAGACCGUGGCAGUUUUGUAUUAUAUUUCUUACCUUUGUUUAUGCAUGUAUAAUUAUUAUCAUUUUAUAUAUUGUAAUUGAUUUUUUUGUAAAGCAUAUUUUUUCUGCUCAUAAAUCAAAAUCUUUUUCUUUUUUAAAUAAAGUUUGCUAUUAAUAAUAAUGUAAAAUUAGUAGUCUGGGCUGGAAAGGAACAUGGUUAAGGCAAAAGCAUCAGUGCAGUAUCUUUGAUUGAGAGUGAAAUAGUACUGUCUGACUCAUCAUGGGUUUCUGCUCAUUUAUGAGUAAAUGCUUGUUAUUACUUGAUGGAAAGAUGGUUAGAGAGUUAGCAGUCUGGUUAUGAUAAGUGUUUGUGCAUGUUUGAAUGGUAACCUGUGUUGACCAGUCAUGUUUCUGUUUCACCUCAAUCAGGAUCAAUGUACUGUUGUGAUGUCUUCACCAUGUGCUUGUCUGUACUGUAUGGCCUUUUUCUGUCUUUAAAACAAUUUAAACUUUUUUUGGUUAAUGAUUUUUCCUUUUCAAAAUUGCAGAAUUAAAGUUGAUUUAAGCUAAAUUUUAGUAAUUGUAAAGUUAAUAAUUUCAGUGAGUCAUAAAUCUUUUAAUAAUUUUAGUAAGUCAAAAUUCUCUAUUUUUCUUUUUUUGCAUACCAGAUGAGUUUUUCAUUAAUUAUUUUUAUAAUUUUCAAGUUAAGUUUCUUUCCUAAGUUAAGAUGUAUACAUUUUGUUUCUUAUGUUAUUAACAAAUUUUGUCUUUGACCUACUUUUUCAUUCAAUGAGAGAUGCUGUUAAGAAAUGAUGAAAUGCUUUGAAUAGCUAUAGUAUGUUGCUCUGCUACCUACUUGUAGUUGUUUUCAUCAUUGAAUUCUUUCUUAAUCAGCAAUUCUAACUAUUACAAAUUUUUUUUUUUUCUUAUAAACAUUUGGAAAUUUUUGAGUUAACCUUCGCAUCUAUUUUGUCUAACCGCACUCGUGUAUGAAAAGUAGGACAAAGACGCUAGAACAGAUGCUAUUUAACUAAAAGAUUAAACACUAUGAACAACUUAGUAUAGUCUGUUGCUCCCAUCUCUCCUUUUAGCUGUUUAUCUUGUUUGAUUUUUUCCUUAUUAGCAUCUGCUUCUAGCACAUGUUUAUAUAAAAAAUACAAAAAAAAAAAAAAAAAAAAAAAAUAAAAAAA